UAUUUAUCACGAUUAUUAUUAUUGUUAUUUUUAUAAAUUUAUCACAAAAUGGAUAAUCCUAACAUUUCUAUAGAACAAAAGAGAAUAUUAAUCACCACUAAAAUUACCAAAGUGUUAAAUGAGUUGACGGUCGGGAAUAUUACUGAUGCUGAUGCAUCCUUACGCCUUGUUAAAAUAAAAGAACUAUUUGAACAAUAUGACAUGAUCAUUGACGAACUUGAAAUGACUGAACCAGAGAAUGAUGAAGUAAAUCUAGCAGAGGAAGUAAGGACACUUUAUUACAAACUUGUCGGACAAGUAAAAACUUCAAAUCAAACUAUUAAUAAUUCACAAAAUGAUAAUUCUAAAGGAAACAAUUCAGGCGGUAAUAAUUCAACAUUUGAAACACAACGUUUAGCAAAACUUCCAACUAUUGAUUUACCUAAAUUCGACGGAAACUUAGAGAAUUGGCUAUCUUUCAAAAACACAUUUAAAACACUUAUUGAUACACGUAAUGAUCUUGAUGAUCUAAACAAAAUUUUAUCCCUCCGCGGAUGUUUAACUGGCUCAGCAGCUAACAAGCUAGCGCUUUUUGAUGCGAGUGCAGAAAAUUAUACUAAAGCUUGGGAUUUUUUAACUAAAACAUAUCAGAAGAAAAGAGCAUUAAUUUUUAAACAUUAUGACUCGAUACUUAAUCUCAAUACAAUUUCAAUCCCAACAACAGAUAAUUUAAACAAGUUGAUAGAUGAUGCUCGGCAACAUAUAAAUAAUUUACAGUCACUUCAAAUUAAUAUUACCGAAUCCUUACUUGUACGAAUAUUAGAAAAUAAAUUACCAUCAGAAAUUAAAAACAAAUGGCAAGAAACGUUCACUGACAACGACACUCUUCCAACAUUCGAAUCAUUUUGUGAAUUUGUCUCAAACUUUGCCUUCAGACUUAGUACACACAAACCCGAUAAACAUCGCGAUUCCGAUCAUUCCUCUAAACGAAGACGUAAUGAACACUCGAAUAAUAAUUUGAAGAAACAAAAAACUGACACGCCAGUUCGAGCUUUAGUGACAACCGCCUCUUCUGCCUGCCCAUGUUGCAAACACUUACAUCCGCUCUAUAAAUGUUACACAUUCAAUGCAUUAACUGUAGGAGAACGCAUAAAAUUUGUAAAAUCUAGUAAACUCUGUAAUAAUUGUCUUCGCGUACACAAAGGAACUUGCACUUCUAGCAGAUGUCGAGUCUGUAAGAAAUUCCAUCAUACUACAUUGCACAUUAAUCAAAAUGUAACUCAACAAACAAAUAAUGCUAAUGUAUAAAAAAAUAAUUCUGCUAAAAUCGAAUCA